CGCCGCACUCCGACCCGGCGCGGCCACCCGGCUCCCGCUCGCAGGCCCCACUGCUGCGCCCUCUCGGGGACGCGAAUGCCCCGAGCCGGGCGGGCGCCCGCGGAGGGAGGUCCCGCUCCGGGGGCGCGGAACUCCAGAUGCUUACGCCCAAGGCCCCUCGCCUGGCGCCAGCUGGUCCCGAACUUCGGGGCAUGGGCACCCAGGAAGGGGGCCGCGCGUGUUGGGAGGCCUGUCCUCUCGCCGCGACCCUCCAGGGCAGCCGGGGCACCCACCUGCGGAGCAGGAAGCCCAGGAACGCUCGAAGAGGCCGUGGGAGCCGGGCCCGCCCUCCGCGGGAGGGACCUCGGCGCGGGAACGCCGAGGAGGGGCCGCGCUUACACGUUGGUGCAGCGCCGGCUUCACCUGGCCGCGGUUUUGAUUUCAGGGUGUGGCCUCAGGUGGGACUCGGCGGCGAACCCAGAGCGCGGGAGAAGUUGCCGAGGGUCGCUGGGGCCUUGGCCAGGAGCCCCUCUGCCCGAGGGGCGCCCCGCUGCCUAACUCUCUCUCCACCUGCUUGCCCCCAGCUCCCGCCCGCCCUUCGCCUCCCGGCCCUGGCCGGCCACAGCCGCGGGGACCUGCCUGCGGCUCCACGGCCCGGUGGCCGCCUCGCGGAGACCCGAGCCGGAGAACCAGCUGGGUGCCGGCUGUGUGUAAGCACCUGGUUCACUGGCAUCGCAGAUGCACGCUCCAGAGCCGCGGGCCGACUCUCCUUUGUCGCGGGGCCGCGUGUGCCCACCCACACAUCCUGGAGAGCCCACGCGGAAGUCCGAAAACCUGUCACCUUGGAUGAUCUGUCCCAUGCGGACAGGGCCCUAAGACUGUGCUGAGGUAGCCCCUUGCGCAGGCAGGAAAGUGAGAUUUAAGGGAUUCCAGUUCCCUUGUUAGACCUUGUGCAGCCCUAAGUCCUGAGGACUUUGUAGCUUGAGAGUCCUAGGGCAGGAGACCCGCACCCCAGAGGGCUGGGGCCUGUUCCGGAGCUCUCCGCCUGUGAUUUUGUUCCAGAGUCGGCAUUCCCUUGCUUGUCCUCAGCAGUCCCUGCCUGAGAUCAGAAUGGCCAUUCCAAGGGGCUCACUCCUGGCUGCCCCCGUGCCAUGUUUCUUUUGGGGUACCGGGUGUUUUCUAUAUUGGGGGAAGG